AUGGCGACCACUCCCAACAACGAAUCGGCAGCGCCACAAAAUUUGCCGACAGCCGUGGAGUUUGAACCACCUCUUGCCUGCGUAAGACGCAUUCUCAAGACGACCCUUCCAGCAUCGACCAACGUGGGCAAAGACGCAUCCGCUGCAUUUGCUCGUUCGGCGGGGAUCUUUAUCAUUUACUUGACCGCCUGUGCCAAUGACUUUGCUCGAGAGAAUCGACGACAAACCAUCACGGCCAAUGAUGUCUUGGCGGCGUGCAAGGAACUAGACUUUGAAGAAUUCACACCCAAAUUGGAGGAAUUUUUGGAAUCGUACCGAGCCAAUGAAAAGAGAAAGAAAGACGCCAAAGCCAAGGCUGCCUCUGUGAAGGCCAUGGACGAAAGCAGCAAACCCGCUACACCACAAUCUACGGCCAGCGUCAAUAAUCCACCACGACAGGAAAAGGACGACGAGAGUACGGAAGAAGAAGUCGCCACGGAAGAAGAAGACAAUGCGGAAGAGGACCAUACAGCAGCCGCUGAACCACCCAGCAAGAAACAAAAAAUGGACGAGGGAGAAGAAUAA